GACAGCGUUGGAGAAGAGAAGUGAAGAUUGUUCGGCGGCGGACCCUCCAGCCCGGAGCGCACGCAUGUUCAGUGGACUCGAAUGGUGUGAAGCCCCAGAUGAGGGACUCAGACGUACGGGAAUGACAGCCGCUGUCACCAGGAGUGACAGCUUUCACUCUGAGCUUCUCCUCUAAAAACUCUUCAGCUGACAACCAACACUGAUCCGGAUCGGAUCCAGACAGACAAGGACUAUGCCAGAGAUGGAGAAAGGGAGACCACCGGAAAAUAAACGCAGCAGGAAACCUGCGCACCCCGUAAAAAGGGAGAUCAACCAGGAGAUGAAGACGUUUGCAGAAAGCACCAUGAACGAACUUCUAGGAUGGUACGGCUACGACAAGGUAGACCUCAGAGACUCGGAGGCCAACGAGAUCAGAAACUACAGAGAGAGGCGUCAGCAUGUGUCUGUGCUUAAAGAGAACUCAUUGCCAAAACCCAAGAGCCUGGAUACCAAAGUCGGUAACACGGUCCUCGCCAUGAAGAGUGGAGAGAGAGAGUCCUCCAGUGUCCCUUCCUCUUCACCCUCCUCUUCCUCAACAUGUUCAUCCCUGACCACAUCCAAAGAGCACACGAGUGCCCCUGUCAUUGUCCCCCUUAUAAAGCCAUCAGCAGUGGAAGAUGUACAGAAUGUGCAGAUAGUGUGUGUUUGGUGCCAGAAGGAAGGGGUAAAACGCUACUCUUUAUGUAUGGGUUCAGAGCUCAAGAGCUUCUGCAGUGAGAAGUGUUUUGCCGCCUGCAGACGGGCCUACUUCAAACGCAAUAAGGCCAGAGAUGAAGACCUCCACGGUGAGAGAUCUCCCCAGCACCCCCAUACAGAGGACUCGCCCAGACUGGUGCUUAAGAUAAACAGCAAUGUCAGAGUAUGCGAUUGGUGCAAGCAUGUCCGUCACACUAAAGAAUACCUGGACUUUGGAUCUGGGGAGGAACGACUCCAGUUCUGCAGCACCAAGUGUCUGAAUCAGUACAAGAUGGAUGUUUUCUACCGAGAAGCUCGUGCAGCUCUCACCAGCUCCAGCCCAAACAGAACCAGCCAGGAGGGGCGGGCGGACACCAUUGUGGCUGGGCAAAAGCUACUCACUCCUGAAUCUUGGAGCAGCAGCAGCAGUGGAGGAGAAGCUCGUCAUAGAAAUCUUUCCCCUAGAGGGCCUACGCCAAUCCAUGGAUCAACAGAAUCCACCUCCAUAUCCCCCUCAGAGGCCUCCUCUUCUAAUUCAAAGAUCCCUGUCUCUGGGAUGAGGAGCCUGGAGAGACCCAUCCAGCCUCCUCCUCCUGCUGUGGCGGUAUCACCCCACCAUGCUACCUUUCAUCCUCGUCCCCCUUUGGAACAUCAGCCGUUACCUCAAAUCCACAUGCCCUUCAUCAGACCUCCUCUUCAUGCUCAGAGCAUGAAAAGCCCUCAUGUUAACCCUACCAGACACCCAGGCCCCCCUUCAAGCCCUAUUUACAGACCUCCUCACUCUCCUCAUCUGCAGCACCCAACCUCUUCAAUGAAUCCCCCUGGCAUGAUGCAUCCCUUCCCAGGAGCCUACUUCCCUGGCUUGCACUCCCCUCCUCUGAACAUGAUGCAAAGAGGUCCUAUCCCAAUGCCUCACAUGAUGAACUAUGGCAUUCCUAAUUUUAGCCCUCUUCUGCCCCAACCCACUGUCCUGGUGCCUUAUCCCAUUAUUGUUCCCUUACCUGUCCCCAUACCCAUUCCUAUCCCCAUUCCAUACCCUGCCAAGGCAACCCUAGAAACUCCAAGUCACAGUGGAGUUAUUCAACCUGUGCCAGAUGGGGUAGACAGAGGUAGAUCCAGGGAUACCAGGCUGCCAUCUCCAGGGAUCCUUGAAGCGUUCAGCAGAUUGAUAGCCAACAAAUUGGGUGGAACCUUGAGUCAAGGUCUCCCCUCACCAAGUGAGCCCAACACAGAUUGGGUUAAAUCAGAGAGGCCAUUCCCGUCCCCAACAUCCACACAACACAGUGGAGCAUCCUCCCCGAGAGCACAGUACAACAAAUCCCCCUGCUCAGCCUCAGGGUCAGAGGGGCUGACAGACUUUAAGCAACAGCAGUCAGAGCGACAAGUUAUCCAAAGGGUUCUUCAAAGGACCCAAGUAAAGCCCAGUGCCAAUGGAGUGGUGGACCUGUCAGGGCUGAGAGAGUCAGGAACUGGGCAGGGUACCAGAUCAGGGCUUCACAACAUCAUCAGACCCACCCCUCCUCUACCACAGUCCCCUUCACCUGACACUGUCUACCACCACCAGGACACUCACACUCCACCUUCACACACCCCACCCAGCCCUACUGGGAGCGGCCAUCUGUAUGAUGCCAGAUGCUCUGCUUUCAAAUCUCAUGACCACAGUCCAAAUGGGAUGUCCUCCUCAUCCACACCGGCCAGUCCGGACUCCUCCUUACCCAAGAGAGUACCAGCACCACCCCCUGACCCUGCGCUCAGUGAGCUGGAGGCCAUCAAAGAGAACAAGUGCUCUGUUGUCGGCCCAGUGCGGGUUGAGGGCCCAGUCAGUCUGUCAGAAGAGCCCUUAGCAGUAGUCGUGGAAGUAGGAGAGGACCCCCAUGUUCCUGAUGAGGACCAUGCCUAUGCCCUGCCCACAGCGCCAAAGACAGGUGGGACCACCACCCCGCUGCUCUUGCCCAAACUCAGGGACAAGGGUAGCCUGCGGAGCCCUGCUAAUAUGCCCAGUGCUGGAGACAUGGAGCCAGCUCUGAAGAGGCGAUGCUUACGAAUCCGUGAUCAGAAUAAGUAGAGGAUGGAGACUCCCUGUUUAACACUGUAUGGCAGUGCCAGAUUCAGUGCCACGCCCUCUUGUGGACAACACCAGUGCUCACACCCUCCGGCCUGUCCCUCAGCCUGUCAGCCCACCAGAGUGCUCUGCCUGUAGACCAGCAGGGUGCCAACCCAGGAAGCAGUCCAGAUGGCCAUGUUAUCACAAGUCAACGUGGGGGAAGAACACAACACAGUCACACGUUUUGUCUUGGACCAAAGAGUAUUGCUGGUGUGUUAUGUUGUGUUCAGUGAUCGCUUGAUAUGGAGCAUCUCAGAUCUUCUCCCUGUCUGACAUUGCCCUGAAGUGUGUGUGUGUAUGUGUGUGUGUGUGUGUGUGUGUGUGUGUGUGUGUGUGUGUGUGUGUGUGUGUGUGUGUGUGUGUGUGUGUGUGUGUGUGUGUGUGUGUGUGUGUGUGGCUGCCCAGAUGCGCUCCUCCUCCUCCUCCUCCUCCUCCUAUCCUUGCUCCAUGCAGCAGACAGGGCUCUGAUCAGCCUUGUGUGGUCUUCUCAGAUGGAGCCUGAACAUGAUCUCUUUCCAGGGGAAACGGUUUGUUUUCCCUGCCCGGCCCGUACAAAGAGCCACAUUGUUCCUCUCCCCAUAUCCCACGCUGACUCCCCACUCCAGGUUUUGGGUUACCUGGCCGACAGGGUCUCAGACUUCAGGAGCUUUUUUAUUUUUUUGACCGGCAGCCAGGAAUAUAGUAUACCUUUCUCCCCUCCACCUCGCUGCCCAAUCUAAAUACAGUACACAGUAACACACUAGUUCUGAGGCUUGAUCCCUCACAACUGAAUGCCUGUGAUUACUGUGAGAGAAAUUCUGCUGAGAUUAGGACUUUAUCAUUUGGCAGUUUAUACACUGUGGGUAGAGAGCCUGGCUCUGAGGAGGAUGGAUGCUCCCUCUGCCUCCUCUAAAACAAAGUAUAAUGAGAUAGAAUAUAUGAGCUGACACCUACUGAUCUACAGUAGCUGAGAUGGUAUGUGGACACUUAAGUCGUCCUGAUGACGCUGGUCCCUGACCUUUCACCUGACCUGCUUUGACAGCAAAUCAGAAUUCAAAUCACUUUUAGCACCAAGUGCUAUGCAUGGCACAUGAUAGUUUACCUGAUCCUGAUUCAGAUUUUUUUUUAUGUCACUAGAUCUGAUCAGACUAUUCUAAAAAUUAGGCUGGUAAUAUUACCAAAUGUGGUGUUAUACUCAACCAUGACAUGCUGUAGUAUGCAGCAAUCAGUAUUACAGUUUCCAGCUGUUGGGGAUACCUCAUGAGAUGUGAUCCGGAUAGAUCACUUCAAGGCUGUGUCAACACUUGUCCCAUUGUAAGAUUUCAGUUUUUCUUGUUGAACUCUACACAGAUACUAUUUGAUGUUAUAUUAAUUUAUGGAUGAUGCAUCUGUAGAUUUUCACAAAAAAAAGUGCUUUAUUUCUUCAUUUGUUUUUUCUGUGAUUGUAUUUUGUAAGUGCCGAAGCUCUUAAAUGACCCUUGUCUUUAUGUUUAUAUACUGUAUCCCCACUAGAGAGCAGUGUUUGCCUUUGUAACUUUGCACCUGCCCUUAGUUGACAAGAAAGCACCAGGAGACCCAUAGGCAGCCUGCUCAAACCCAUAUGAGUACACAGAACAGAUAGACUGAUAGCCAAUGCCAAGUCAAUAGCUUUUCCUCCACAUCUCGUUGCCAUUAUUUUCUCUUUACAUCCUAAUAUUGCCUAAAAUCAUAGCAGUGUCAACAAGACCCAGGGUUCCCUUCAAAGCCUCUUCUUAAUGAAGAGUUCAACAGUUACCUGGGAUAAAUAAUCAUCAUGACCUACUCCUAGAAUAACUCCAAAUGUGUCCCACCCCUGCCAUCAUUCCAAAAUGACAUGCUUAUCAGUUUGUAUGUAUGUAUGUGUGUGUGUGUGUGUGUGUGUGUAUGUGUGUGUGUGUGUGUGUGUGUGUGUGUGUCUCUGUGUGUGUGUGUGUGUGUGUGUGUGUGUGUGUGUGUGUGUGUGCCUACAGCAGCGACACAUUUCUCCCCACUCAUUCCAGCCUACAUCUUCACCACAGGUCAUGCCAUUAUGUUAGUUUCAUCCUCGGCUGGCCAGGGGACUUUGACAGUGAUGACAUCACUCCAUGCAAAUAGCUGUGGUGUCAACAAGUGGUCUUCUACUCUGAUGCCAGAGGCCGAAACAGACAUUGUUAAAGACUGCCAUUGUUGGUUCUAUUGCACAUUUUAAUCAUUGCCAUUUCUGACCUGAAACAGUAUGUGUGCUAAUCCAAUGUUUGGACAAAAAAAACCUUUUGUGUCAGAAAUGUUGUUGCUGUUGUUGCCUGAGAUUCAUUGGUACUUUCUGACCUCCCCUGUUAAACAUUUAGCCCACUGAAUAGAUUAUUCACAGAUUGUUUGUAUUUGAAUAUAGAUUCAGUAACCGGGAGCUUUGGUGGAGACCUCUUUGUAAAGUAAAAUAAAUAAAAGUUAUUCUAAGA